UGUUGCCGCUGUUCCUUCAGUGUGUCUGACAAGUGAAUGAAUAUCAUUGCAUCAGCCAGUGAUCAGCAGCGAUGAAUGUGUCGGAAGAUACAGUUGAAUUACAAAAUGAAGUUCUAGAAAAUGAAAUAAAGGCUCUGUGGGUAUUUGCCUACGGAUCUUUAUGUUGGAAACCUGGAUUUAAAUUUCAUAAAGCCGUAACUGGACAUGUUAAGGGGUAUCAGAGAAGAUUUUGGCAAGGGAAUACCACACACAGGGGAACAGAAGAAAAGCCCGGGAGAGUGGCCACAUUAGUGGAGGAUUACAAGGGGGUAGUCCAUGGAAUAGCGUUUGCAAUAAGUGGAGAAGAAGCAAUAUCAUAUCUAUCAAAACGUGAAUGCCUACUAGGCGGAUAUAUUUCCCAAUUUUCCACAUUUUAUCCGAUUAAAGGUGAACCAUUUAAAGUAUUAGCUUACGUAGCAACUCCUAAAAAUCCCCUCUGGAUGGGCGAAGCGGACGACAGAGACAUUGCCCAUCAAAUUAUAGACUGUAGUGGCCCAAGCGGUCACAAUAUAGAAUACUUAGUUAGGUUAGCUAAUUUCAUGAGGGAACAUUUCUCUGACGAACAUGACCCGCAUUUAUUCAGUCUUGAGAAAGAAGUUCUUGACUUAGUUAAUAAAAAUAAUAUGUGCCUCGAAACUCUUAUGGGAAAUGGAGAGGGCUGUGUUAGUUUCAUUAGAAAGGAUUUGUUUGAAUCUGAAUCACAAGCUGUGCAAGAUGAGGACAGGAUAGAAUCAUUCGAGCACUCGACGAGAAUGGAAGAAAAGAUUCUGCGUUGCUUAAAUAUAUAAGACUGAACUUUUUCACGAUUAGAAUGUAAUAUAACUUAAUUGUUCCGAAGUUUUUAAACAUGUUCCAACAUUUAAUUUAUUUUUAUUUUAUUUGUUUUUUGAGAUUAGUUUAAUUCCCACAUUAAUUUUAACGCCACGGUAGCGCAGUCGGUCGAGAGUGCGGUGGCAAGCAUUUCUCGGCCAGGCUUCCUAAUCUGGUCCG